CUGUCACUGUCACGAUGUAGCUGUCAAAGUCAUAGGUUGUCCAAUUAUUUACCGUCGUAUUUAUUUGUAAAAUAUUUUAAUAUUUCAAAUAAAUUACAAGUAUAAAAAUGUUUGCUGAAAAAGUUAUAGAGUUGUUGAAGGAAGCAGAAAGAAAUCCUGUGACUAUAGACCCUUUCAAUGACGAUAAAAUACGCCAAAUUGUGGAGGAAAUGCAUUCCUUAUUUAGAAUGAAUAUGAAUGAUGCGAAUGCCACAAUGGAAAAUAAAACUCUAUGGACAACAGUACAAGUGAGACAUUCUGCAUUAGAAAGGAACAAGCGCUGUCUUUUGGCUUACCUCUACAGUAGAAUGGCAAAAAUAAAAACAUUGAGAUGGGAAUUUGGUGCUAUAUUACCACCUGAUGUGAGAGAACUACUGUCAGAUGACGAAUAUGAAUGGUUUUCAAAGUAUUCAACAAACCUAGCUUCUUACAUGAGGUCUCUAGGUCAAGAUAUAGGCUACAACGGGAUUGAUUUAACAGAGAACCUUAAGCCACCAAAAUCAUUGUAUAUAGAAGUUCUAUGCAUGGCCGACUAUGGCAAGUUGGAACUGGAAGAUGGGGAUGUCAUAUUGUUGAAGAAAAACAGCAGACAUUUCCUGCCAACAUCAGAAUGUCAGACUCUUAUAAGACAAGGGAUUUUAAAACAGAUAACGUAGGGUUGUAUUAUAGAUUUAAGCUUUGUAUGAUAUUUUUUAUGCUAGUAAGAUUUUUUUCAAUGAAAGAUAUUAAAAUAAAAAUGUACACAAAUA